AUGGCGGUGCCUAAUAUGGUGUUUUCGGAUGUUGAAACUUUCCUGGAUAACCACCCUGAGUUGUUUGAGGACUAUCUGAACAGAAAAGGGAAAUACAGUAUGGUAGAAAAAUGGCUCAAAACGCACCAAGCAUAUAAAAUUGCCACGACGGACCCGGAGAAAUCGCAUGUGUGUAAGGACAGCUGGGCGAGUAAAGGAGACGGGCUGCAGCGGAGAGCAUCGCACAAAGAGCUGCGCAAAACUUUCGCUCGCUCCAAAGCCGUCAACGCGAACCGGACGUACGACGAGCACGUGAACUCCCGAGCUCAGGAGCCGCUGAGCAGCAUGCGGAGACGCGCUUUGCUGAGGAAAGCCAGCUCCUUACCCCCGACCACAGCACACAUCCUGUCCGCUCUGCUCGAGUCCCGAGUCAACAUCCCACAGUAUCCGUCCACCGCCGUGGACUUUAAAUAUUACCUCAAAGAGCACAACGAGCGCGAGUUCUUCCUGGAGCUGGUCAAAGACAUUUCCAAUGACCUGGAUUUAACCAGCCUGAGCUACAAGAUCCUGGUGUUUGUAUGCAUCAUGGUCGAUGCGGAUCGAUGCUCACUCUUCCUAGUGGAAGGCACUGCGAAUAAAAAAACUCUGGUUUCCAAAUUUUUUGACGUGCACGCUGGGACCACUGUCCUGCCAUCCUUCAGCAACUCAGAUGAAGUCCAGGUUCCAUGGGGGAAAGGGAUUAUAGGUUAUGUUGCUGAGCAUGGAGAGACUGUUAACAUCCCCGAUGCGUAUCAGGACCAUCGUUUCAGUGAUGAGAUUGAUAAGUUGACGGGUUAUAAGACCAAGUCACUGCUGUGCAUGCCCAUCCGGAACAGUGAUGGAGAGAUCAUAGGAGUGGCACAGGCCAUCAACAAGAGUCCUAGCGGUGCACUGUUUACUGAAGAUGAUGAGAAGGUGUUGCAGAUGUACCUGCCCUUCUGUGGAAUCGCGAUCUCCAAUGCUCAGCUCUUUGCUGCAUCCAGAAAAGAGUAUGAUAGGAGCAGGGCUCUGCUAGAAGUAGUGAAUGAUUUGUUUGAGGAGCAGACAGACCUGGAGAAGAUUGUGAGGAAGAUUAUGCAUCGUGCUCAAACGCUGCUCAAGUGUGAACGCUGCUCUGUACAGCUACUGGAGGACAUUGAGUCUCCGGUAGUGAAGUUUACUAAGUCCUUUGAGCUGCUGUCACCAAAGUGUAGUGCAGACACAGAGAACAGUUUUAAGGACAGUAUGGAGAAGUCCUCAUAUUCAGACUGGCUGAUUAACAACAGCAUAGCUGAGCUGGUGGCCUCCACUGGUCUGCCGGUCAACAUUAGCGACGCCUACCAGGACCCCCGCUUCGACGCCGAGGCAGAUCAGUUUUCUGGGUUCCACAUCCGCUCUGUCCUGUGUGUGCCUAUUUGGAACAGCAACCACCAAAUAAUUGGUGUUGCACAGGUCCUAAACAGGCUGGAUGGGAAACCAUUUGAUGAUGCAGACCAAAGACUGUUUGAGGCAUUUGUGAUAUUCUGUGGGCUGGGGAUCAAUAACACAAUAAUGUAUGAUCAGGUGAAGAAAUCUUGGGCCAAACAGUCUGUGGCCCUGGACGUGCUGUCAUAUCAUGCUACUUGCUCUAAGACAGAAGUGGACAAGUUUAAGGCAGCGAACAUCCCUCUGGUGUGUGAGCUGGGCAUUGAUAAGCUCUCCUUUGAUGACUUUUCUCUGGACAUGGAUGCAAUGAUAACUGCAGGCCUGCGCAUGUUCAUGGAGCUUGGCAUGGUGCAGAAAUUCAAGAUAGACUAUGAGACUCUUUGUAGGUGGCUGUUGACCGUGAGGAAGAACUAUCGUAUGGUUUUGUACCACAACUGGAGACACGCGUUCAAUGUCUGCCAGUGCAUGUUCUCCAUGCUUACUACUGCAGGCUUCCAAGCUACCCUCUCAGAAUUGGAGAUCUUAGCACUCAUUGUGGGCUGUGUGUGUCAUGAUUUGGACCACCGUGGAACCAACAAUGCCUUCCAAGCCAAGACAGGUUCUGCUCUAUCUCUCCUUUAUGGGACCUCAGCUACGAUGGAGCAUCACCACUUCAACCAUGCUGUCAUGAUCCUGCAGAGUGAAGGCCAUAAUAUAUUCUCCAAUUUGUCAUCCCGGGAUUAUGGAGACCUCAUGCAGCUGCUGAAACAGUCCAUCUUGGCUACAGAUCUCACACUUUACUUUGAGAACAGAAACCGUUUCUUUGAGCUGGUGAAUAAAGGGGAAUAUAACUGGAACGUUAAAGAACACAGAAAUAUGUUCAGAUCAAUGUUAAUGACUGCAUGUGAUUUGGGAGCUGUGACCAAGCCAUGGGAAAUCUCUCGCAAGGUAGCAGAGCUGGUCACCAGUGAGUUUUUUGAGCAGGGAGACAGAGAGAGAUCUGAACUGAAGCUGACUCCUUCUGCUAUCUUUGACCGGAACCGAAAGGAUGAGUUGCCGGGUUUACAGUUGGAGUGGAUUGAUGGCAUCUGUGCUCCACUGUAUGAGGCUUUGGUGAAACUGAACCCUAAACUCCAGCCCAUGGUUGACAUGAUCCGGGCCAAUCGUGCCAUGUGGGAUGAGCUGCACCAGAAGCGGCAGCGCAGCCAAGAACUGGUGAAUCUUCCCAACACUACCUGUGAUGGUGACAUUGGUGACAACGUUGUGCCCAAAGCUGCGAGUUAG